UUUGUCAUUUCAUCUUUGAAGGAUAAACGUGUGUUAAUAUACUGCAGAGUUUGCUGAAGCGAGUGCACACAACUUUUUUUGCGGCAGCCCUGGAACCAGUUUAUCUGCAAAAUGGAUGAAAAUACACCUUCAGAUAAAGAGUCCACCGGAGAUCCCGUAAUGGCCACUUUCCAAAGUAUAAAUGAAACACCAGAGGAUGAAAAGUGCGGCUGUUCUCUUCUCGGUUACCCAAGAUGGCUCCAAAGGUUUGCUUCCAUCAAGCUCGUCAUUCCCAUCAUCUCCCUGCAGAUGAUUUUAAUCGCUUUCUUUUCCUCCAACUUUGAAGCGUCACUCACCACGAUCGAGACCCGCUACCAGUUGAGCAUCGCCGAGCUCGGCCUCAUCACGACCAUGUUCACCGCGGGCUCUCUGGUCUCGACCGUCGUCGUGACGCAUUUCGGGGGCAGGCCAACCAGCAGUCGCCCGGUGUGGAUUGCCGUUGGAGGGAUCAUUUUAUCCAUCGGAAUGUUCAUGUUCACCUUGCCUCAGUUUGUCUUCUCCCCGUACCAGCCACCGUUGUCCACGCUGCUAGGUCCGUCCGCGCUUAACGACUCAGGGACACACACCGGUUUGUGCGCCCUUGAAGCAGGGCCCACCAUGCAGGAGGAGGAUGGAGAUAUCAUCUGCGAAGAUGAAGAUCGCCAAACUCUCUUUGAGAACAAUGUUACUUUCAUCAUCUUCCUUAUAGCAGAGCUUCUGGUCGGUAUAGGUUUUGGGCCGUUGAUACCACUUGCACUGUGUUAUAUUGAUGAUAGCGCGAGUACAGGAACAACGGCCUUGGCAUCAGGAAUUUUCGACAGCGUUUAUGGGAUCGGUGGUAUCCUUGGUUUCCCAAUUGCCGGUAUUAUGCUGGGCAUCUGGGUAGAUUUCAACCGUGUAGAUGUCAGUGAGAUCACCCUCACCCCAGACGACUACGGCUGGGUAGGUGCCUGGUGGCUGGGGUUCAUCAUUAUGUCAACGGCGUAUUUCCUGCUCUCGUUUAUUCUGUUCUUGUUCCCAAACCGUCUACCCAUGAGCCGUGGGAAGGAGGAUGCUGAUAUCAAGGAGGUCGAGGAGAGCAACAGAGAGAGGGGAACAAAGGACGGGACGAAGGUUGGGACAUCAGCUCUUGCGGCUCUCAAAGAGUGGCCUCGUUCAGUAUGGCGACUUCUGAAGAAUCCAAUUUACCGUCUGAGUUGUCUGUCGUACAUCACGGAGAACGCCCUCUUCUAUUCACUAUUCACCUUCUUCCCAAAAUACAUGCAAGACCAGUUCAGCAUCGACGUGUUCACGUCUGGCAAUAUAUUCGGUUUUGCCAUCAUCCCAGCCUGGGCGUUGGGUUCACUUAUCGGCGGUGUCUUAGUCAAGGUAUUCGGCCUCAAGUUACGAGGGUUGGCCAUGCUAGGAUGGGUCACUGCUUUGAUGUCCACUGGCCUCGUUAUCACUAUAAUGCUUAUUGGAUGCCACAAUUUACCAACGGCAGGCGUGACUGUUGGUUACCAGGGAACUGAAUUAGAAAGCGUCAGUUUAGACGCACCGUGUAAUUCAGACUGUUUCUGUGAUCCUGAAGCCGCCUUCAUUCCACACUGUGGAUCGGAUGGUAUCACCUAUUUCUCUCCUUGCCAUGCAGGAUGUACGGGUGCAACCGAAAACGAGACCUACACAGGGUGUUCUUGUCUGGAGUUACCAUUGUCAUCAGAGUCAUCGACCACGCCCCCAUCGCUAACGCCUGGCCACUGUGAGUCCGAUUGCUCAAGUUUCGUCAUCUUUGUCUUCGUGGCAGCCGUCUGGGUGUUCAUUACGGGACUCAUCGGCUCUCCUAGAAACAUCAUCAUAAUAAGUUCCGUCGAUCCAGAAGACAAAACUUUUGCUCUUGGUCUGAGCCGUGUCCUCGCCCUGACCUUAGGGUCACUACCAUUCCCGGUGCUGUUCGGAACCUGCAUCGAUUCCUCGUGUCUGGUAUGGCACACCCUUUGCGGGGAGCGAGGAUUCUGUGAAGUGUACGAUAUCGAAAGAUUCCGUCUGAUUCUGUUCGGGUUGUCCAGUGCGAUUAUUGUACUGCAGGCAAUAGUGUUCUUCAUGUUGUGGCUGGUAGCCCGACGAAGGCAACCUGGACCUAGAUACGCUGAGGUGACCUACUGAAACAGGGAACCAGGGGAAACUCAAGACACUUGACCAUAGAUCUUUCACAUGCUAUAUGUAUUAUGUUAACUGCACGCCGAGUUAGCCAUACCAUAAAGUUAUCAAUACCAGGGCCAACUUUCAUAAAGCUGGUUAGCUGGAAAUACUGCUUAGCAAGUUUCUUUGCUGAGCAAAACAAUAGGAGACUUUUGGGACGCUUGGUGGCAGCAGACUUACCAGGUAAAAUCCAUUGUUCUCGGUAAUGUGCGCAGGCUCAGAUCUACGUAAACAAUUGGAAAUUUACCUGGUAAGUCUGCUGCCACCUAGCGUUUCAAAGUCUCCCAUUAGUUGGGAGCCAGUUACGUUUUAUGGAUGUUAUGGCUGGUAACACGUUUCUGUUAAACAAGAUUUUAUUGGCUUAUCAAGUUGUUAUUGUUACAAGCUUAAAAAUUGGCCUCGACAGGCACUUUAUUUUGCUGCCAUAGUGCGCGCAAACAUGUAUUUGCGAAGUAGUAUACAGAGUCUAUAUUGGGGUUGAUGGUGGCGAAGUGACGCAUCGCAUUUCUCUAUAUGGCGUUUGCUAACCGAAAUUGUCUAAAUAUACGCUGCGUGAAUAUGAUUAGAAUACAUCAUAGGAAAGGGUAAUUGGAAUAAUAUGGCAAAAUUGGUGAACAGACAAAAACAUCAAAUAAAAUGCGAACAACAAACAAUCAUUCCAAGUAAACCAUCCACUCCUUUAACGCUCAUUCUGGGUGCGAAGGCAAAGUCACACAGGCUGUUUUUUUAUAUGAUUGAGUAAUUGAAACGAAAAACACUUCGGCAACACAAUAAGAGACACUACCUGAAACUUACUAUGGCAAUGUAAAGAAACUGAAACGUGAAUGAAUUUUCUUUGAGAUCGUCUGGAGCUGGUUGCCUGUAAAUUGCCUUCUGUGACAUGACUUUAAGAAACCAUUAAGACGGUCAAGAUGUCACAACGGGUAGACGAUCCUAUAGGAAAGAACUAAAGACUUCAAUCAUUAAGACUCUACCUGUGGAGUUGACCUUCGUAGCAUUUGUGCAAAGUAAAGUGAAUGUCCGCCACAGCAAAGCACGACCUAAAGUUUUGUAUACAACAAUCGGCCUUUUUAGAGUCGGUUUUGAAGGGGAUUUUUUUGUAUUUGUUAACCGAAAAAUAGGGUACUUUUAAACAAGUUUCUGUAUAUGGCCGUCACAUUUAAAUGGUGGUCGAUGUACGUUGUAUAUAAAAGUUAGACAAUAGAAUUAGCCGUUGAAAAAAUGCUUUCCGACAAAAUGGACAUAUAUAAAUGUAAUUACUGUAUAACCAAAUAAAUAAAACAGAAAAAGGGUUUUCACUGGCCUGACGUUUCGACCAUAUAUAGCAAAGUACUUCUUUAUAAAACGCUCUUUAACUGACGGUACGACUUUUUAAAGGCACCGGACACCAUUGGUAAUUACUCAAAAUAAGUAUUGCAUAUUAAUCAAACUUGUAUCGAGCAAUGGAGAUCGCUGUUGAGAGCAAACUAUGUAAUAAACACUCCCCUAGUCUGAAGUAUAACGUAGGUUUGUAGAAAGGGUUAGUUUUCUAUACUAAAAUUUAAAAGGAUUCAGGCCUGAAGUAUCUGAAUAACGUUAACCAUCUGAAAGCAUACAAACUUGUGCAACAAGUGUGCUUUU